AUGGUGACGACUCAACGGGUCGCUGACCAUGAUGCACCAAUCACUUUACUCAAGGUUACUGACAAGUUUGAGUUGCUCACUGACAGCGAGCAAAAGUAUGCUCAUUAUAUGUCUGCGGCAUCUCACGCUGGGACACGAGUGGUGUUAAGACAAGUGUCUCACGAGAGUGAAGCUAUAUUUGAUCUAAUACUAGGUCUGCAUAGGGAUUUACAUGGAGAGUACCCUCGGUGUAAUGAGACUGGUUUGUAUCUUGAUUAUGUGACACAGUUUCUGGCAAAUUUGGGUAAUUAUAAAUCAUUUGGCGAUUCAAAAUUCGUACCUGGUUGUACUAAGCAGUACUUCUACAAAUUGUUAGAGUUGGCUAAGUGGGAUUUAAAUGGUUCUCCUAGAUGUCACUGCCCUUUUGCUAGUUGGAAGGAAUUGAUUGAAGAUGGCAUUUACAAAGUCGAGGGAAAGGGUUCUCUCGGUUAUACUAGUGAUGGGUUUACUUCUUCCUACUAUAUGGGUGAGCCAAUCUCUCAGAUGGAUAUGGCUUUGUUAAAACAUGAAGUCUUUGGUCCUUUGUCCAUUUUACCAGAGAAUAUUAGGAUCAACAAGGUCUCUAACGAUAGUUUUGAGAUUUGGGUCGCUUCUACUGCCAAAGCCAAACCAUUGUACGAGGCAACGACUCUUUCAAAUGGUGUCAAAGUAUCCUUUAAGUUUGGCGAUCACUCUAGGGAAAUGCAAUGCAUAGUGGAAUCACUCGAGCACGCCAAGGAAUUUGCAGCAAACACUACCCAAAAGAAGAUGCUAAAAUGGUAUAUUGAACAUUUUAAGACUGGGUCUGGUCAGGCUCAUAAGGAAUCACAGAAAUUAUGGGUCAAGGAUAUCUCCCCCACGAUCGAAACAAAUAUCGGAUUCAUCGAGACUUACCGUGAACCAUCCGGUGUCAUUGGAGAAUUCGAGUCCUUGGUGGCAAUUCAAAAUAAAGAACGUACUGAAAAGUUUAGCCAGUUGGUGAACAACGCGCAAGAAUUCAUCUCAUUGUUACCUUGGACCGCUGAUUGGGAAAAACCUGUCUUCAACCCACCAGAUUUCACCUCUAUCGAAGUCCUCACGUUUACCGGGUCGGGAAUUCCUGCAGGUAUCAAUAUCCCAAACUAUGACGAUGUGAGAAUUAAUAUCGGCUUCAAGAACGUCUCUCUGGGUAAUAUCCUCAGCGCCUCUGCAAAGAGCUCUUCAAAACACCCACCUAGUUUCAUCUCGGACCAGGAUCGACCAAUCUACGAGAAAUGGCAAGGAGAUUCCUUCGAGGUUCAAGUUGGCAUCCAUGAACUUUUAGGUCACGGAUCUGGUAAAUUACUAUGCGAAGUUGAAGAUGGAUUCAAUUUCGAUGAAAAAAAUCCACCAUUAGGCUUAGAUGGUACACCAGUGACUACUUAUUACAAGUUUGGUGAGACUUGGGGAUCCAAAUUUGGUGCAAUGGCUGGACCUUUUGAAGAAUGCCGCGCUGAAGUGAUCGCCAUGUACCUUAUCACCAACCGUAAGAUACUCGACAUUUUUGGGUUCAAUACAAAGCAGGAUCAAGACGAUGUCAUCUACGCUGGCUACUUGCAAAUGUGUCGCGCAGGUCUAAUGGCUUUAGAGUUUUGGGAUCCCAACACAGGCAAAUGGGGACAGCCACACAUGCAGGCAAGAUUUUCCAUUAUGAAGACUUUCUUGAAGCAUUCCCCAGAUCCAGCAUUCUUGUCUUUGAUUACAGACGCCGAUCAAAUUAUUGUUAAAUUGGAAAGAUCCUUGAUCGAGACAGCAGGGCAUGAAUGCAUCAAGGAUUAUUUGAAGCACCUACAUAUCUACAAGUGUUCCGGCGACUACGAACGAGGAAGCCAGUAUUUCAAUGACAGAUGCACAGUGACCGCUGACUUGGCAAAACUAAGAGAUACGGUAAUUUCAAAGAGGCUGCCCAGACGUCAGUUCAUCCAAACUAAUACAAGAAUCUCCAAUUACAACAAGGUGGUCUUACAGGAGUACGAAGAGACUCCAAAAGGAAUGUUGGAAUCGUUCAUCGAGCGCCAACUAUGA